AUGAGAGCAUUGUUAUCAGGAAUUGCAUGUGCUUUCCUCGUUUUCUUCAAUCCUCUAGCUAAUGGACUAGAACUCACCGAUCGAAAUGACAGUGACAUAAUUUUCUUCUCACGCUCCAAUGAAUCCGCCGUACGAGCGACGGAGUUUACCAACUGCUCACAAAUCACCACUAUUGCCCCCACAGAGCAGUGCCAAUUCGUUCGCGAAAACUGCAUGAGUGAAAGCGUCAUCAACUAUUAUCGGUUAUACUUUUGUGAUUUCCACCUACUAGGCCCGUUUGCGAUUGUGCCCGUUGGGAUUUUGCUAGUUUUACUAUUCCUUUCGCUUGGGGUAACAGCGCUGGAGUACUUGUGUCCCAACUUACACACCAUUUCCAAGGGCUACUUGAAGAUCCCCGAUAACUUAGCAGGGUUGACCUUGCUUGCGUUUGGGAACAGCUCGCCCGAUAUCUUUAGCACUUUCCAAGCCAUCAAGAUGGACCUGGUGAACUUGGCCGUGUCGGAGUUGAUAGGAGCGUCGUUGUUCAUCAGCACGUGCGUGAUUGGGUGCAUUGGCGUGGUGAAACCAUUUGAAGUGCCCAAGAUGUUGUUUAGACGGGACGCAGCAAUGUACUUGCUGGUGUAUGCAUUGAUCACGGCUGCGCUAGUUUCAGGGUAUUUGCAAUGGGCCAUAUGUGUGUUAUUGGUUGCGGUUUACGUGGUCUAUGUCACCAUUGUGAUUUUGUCACAUCGAGCGCACAAGUCGCGCAUGGAGGCCAUCUUGAGAGAACGUCGAGCAAGGAGCAAUCACGGAGAGUUGUAUGAAAACGGUCGAGCUAGUCCAAUCGACGAUAUAUAUCUUGAUCGAAUUGCAAGGUUACCUACAGUCGAUAAUAUACAUAUGGGAGAGGGAAUAGGAGACGGAGACGAUUACGAUCAAGCUGAGGCUGAGGCUGAUAUUGGCAAUUACGGGUUAAAAAAAUUGAUGAAGGAUUUGUCGACCCAUUCGAAUUUGACAGGAACUAUUCAAUUGGAGGAGCAAGACAGACCGGUAAGAGAGGACUCCGUUGAGAAUGGUUUAAACUUGGACUCUAACUUGAACUUAAACUCUGAAAAUUCUCAUUGGAACCAAAUUUAUUUGCAAAUCAUUUACCCUCAAUUGGCCAAUUUCCGGCAGAAAUCAAUCAAGGACAAAGUUUCAACCUUUCUUCAACUCCCAAUAUUAAUACCGUUGAAACUCACCAUACCAGUACGGGAGUACUCGAAUUUGGAAAAAAUUGAAAAUGAUCUACAGUCGGGGGCCCCCUUCAUGGCAUCUUCCUCCUCGUCCAUUUUCGAUCACGACUCAGAUUGCAAGUUUUUGCAAGCUCAAAUUGCGCUUGGCACGAUACUACUUGUCUUUUCAUAUUGCCCCCUGUCUACGUUAGCCAAGACUGCGCUACUGAUGGUCAUUUCGUGCCUUGCUUUCUUUGCAAUGCGUGUUUUAUAUCCCAAACCUCAUGCAGUUUCCUUCAUCAAAAGACUUAAAAUCAUCAACUGCUUUGCUUCCAUAUUUGGCCUAGUAACAGCCGUCACCUGGAUUUCCAUAAUUGCCUCCGAAGUAGUGAGCUUGUUGCACGUGAUAUCCGCCGCAUACAGUUUGAGCGACGACUUGUUAGGAAUCACCUUGUUUGCCGUGGGCAACUCGGUGGGGGAUUUCGCAACCAAUUAUACGAUUGCCAAGAUGGGGCUCCCCAAUAUGGCUUUUGCUGCGUGUUUUGGAGGCCCCUUGCUCGCCUUGUGUUCCUUGGGGUUGAAUGGGUUGAUUUUGAGUAAUGAUCUCCAUUUGCAAGCUUCUAGGAUCCUUUGGAUUGGGGUUAUUGCGUUGUUUUGGAAUAUGGCGGUGUUGUGUGUGAACUUACCUCGAAACGGUUGGAUGCUCGACAGGAAGAUCGGGUCCGUUCUAAUUGGCAAUUGGAUUGCAAGUUGUGCCCUUUGCACUUUAAGUAACUUUGUCUAA